CACUUAUGGCUGAUUCUAGCAAAGAAAUUGAAGCCAUUAAUAGCUUUCGAGAAGCCUUGGACGAAAAAACUAAUGAGCGGUAUAGUGAUGAGGUAUGUACAAGGCUAACGAAUGUCAAAUAACUAGGAAUGGCAUUGCAUCUAAGACGGAAAUUAAAAAGAAAAUCUCAUGAAUAACACCAUUUUACACUAUGUCAAGACCUUGCUUCAGUUCCUAAUCGCACGAAGCUGGAACGUGGAACAAGCUGUAAAGCAACUUACCGACACGGUAAAAUGGAGGACGGAAAAUGACGUCGAUCUAUAUCCAGUCGCUACCAAAGAUAACAAACUCCCUGUUCUUUAUGCUGUCCGUGGCUUUGACAUCGAAGAUGCCAACUUAACAGCCGCUCCCGGUCUAUCGGAGAGCGUUUUGAGGAUUGCCUCAUAUAUGGGAGGCAGUUGUCUGCACAAAACCGACAAGGAUGGAUGUCCUGUAUACAUUGAGCGCCUAGGAUACCAUGCAGCCAAAGAAAUCGCCAAAUUCACCACCGUGGAAGAAGUUCUUGAAUAUCACAUCGGAUGCAAUGAGUUUUUGCACAGACACAUAGACAAGGAUUGCUCCAAGAAGGCUGGAAAGUUCAUUAACAGAGAAACAGUCAUCUUCGAUUGCACCGGCAUGGGAUGGCAUCAGUUCCAUACGCCAGCACUUCAAUACCUGCGAGCCAUUUCUGAAAAUGAUCAAAAAUAUUAUCCAGAAACCAUGAACAAGCUCUUUAUUGUAAACGCUCCAUCUGCUUUUGUUAUAGUAUGGAGAAUGGUGAAGGGAUGGUUGGAUCCAGGAACCAUUGCUAAAAUACAAAUAUUGGGGAAGGACUUUAAAGAACCUCUUUUAAACCAUAUUUCUGCUGAAAACCUUCCAAAGUUUUUAGGUGGCGAAUGUGAAUGCUCUCACAUGCCUGGUGGCUGCGUGCCCUCCGCAAGUAAGUGUCUUUUCCAUGAACAUAACUCUGCCCAUAGUUUUUGACAAACACGCUUUCGCAUCAACUAGUCAUUGGUAACAUCCCACCUUAUGUUGCUGGUGAGCAAAACCCUACAGUGGUCACUCCUUAUUCGACGGAAAUCAUGGAAGAGGCAAAGACAAACCCUGUGCUUCGUGGUGAUGAUGCUCUCUAAAUUUCUGAUUCCAAUUCAUUCAAUUCGCAUUAUUCUUAUAUACACUUUGUGUAUACCGUAGACAUUAGAAGCUUCACUAUCUCCCAACUUUUUUUCUCAUAUAUUACACUAUUUUAUCUUGCGAAAUCUCACAUAUUCUUGAAAUUUGUAUGGCAAUAAAUCGGCACGACAAUGCCACUCAAUUUUUUUUUUUUUGA